GCGGCGGCCAGUGCGGUCCGGACGGGGACCGGGACGGGGACGCGGCCGCGGCGGGGACGAGGGCGACGAGGGCCGAAUGGAGCUGUACCUGGGCGCCUGCGCCAAGGUCGCCCGCGGCGCCUCCUCCAGGACGGCCACCAGCACGCUGGCCGCGGACAGCAGGCAGUGCGGGGACGGGGCGCACAAAACCCCGUUUGGGGAGGUAGGAGCAGCUCACCUGCUGGACCUGCCCCUCGGGGUGAAGCUGCCGCUGAUCCCCGGAACUGACCCUCUGUUCUUCACCACGAAUCUAAGCGAAAAGCUUUUUCGACCUUCCUAUGGUUUCAACCUGACAGACCCUUACUGUCGACUUUUGGAAAACCAAUAUAAAAGUCUCCACGAUCCACACUUAAAAGCAUAUUAUAGACGCAAAGAUAUCCUGAGGAGACUGAAGAAAGGUGGCUAUAUCACCAGCAAUAAUAAAAUUGUGUGUAGCUUGAGGGAAUUGAAUAAGUACAGGCAAUAUCUCACCAACUUAAAAUUAGACUUUGAAAGAAACUAUGUAAGAGAACAAAAAAUGCUUGCAAGGCAACUACAGAGAUUGGAGGAAAACAGUUCAUUCCCUGAGUGUUCUGGUAUGACUCAGUUCCAGAACUGGCUGUUGCAUGAAGGCACCCAUUCUAUUAAGGACCAGGAGCAGUUAAUAAGGCACAGAUAUUUGGACAUGAUAAGUAAAGGAUUAGAACAAUCUGAGCGGGCAGCAGAAGAACAACGCCUCCUCCGGAUGGACAGAGAGGAGAGAAGACAGCGGGAACACAUGAGAAGAAAACUUACUCUUCGGAGAAAAAUUGAAGAGGAAUGGAAGACGAAGGAGAUGUUACUUCUGACAAAGAUUGCAGAAGAUGUUAAAAGAGAACAGAGACUAGAACAACAACGGCGGAAAAGCAGAGACGAGAGGGACAGAAAGAAACAAGCCCUGCUAGAGAAAAAAAUGGCUUAUCAUUUACAAAAAAUGCAAGAAACUGGCUUUAAAGAAGAUACGGAUAAAAAUGCAUUUGAACACAGUGGACAAGAUGGAGCAGAUUUUGAAAUUUCUGCAAAGAAGAAAAAGAAGAAUCAAGAUGAUAUAAAACUACUGUAUUCUGCCGAUGACCACAAAGUGCACAAAGAACAAGAUGCAAAUACUAUGCUUCAGCAUCAAAGUAGUUCAAAGAAUGUUACCAAAAAGUUAACUUCCAUUAUUGCUCAGCCUGUUGUUGUACAAGAUAAUGCUACAGAACAAAAGAAAGAUGGAGUCACAACUAAAAGGUCAAGCACUUGUGAUGAGAAAGGAGGUUUAAACGUACCAACUCGAGGUUCAAUUAUUUCAGCUCAACCUUCACUUGCAAAAAAUAAUCCCAGACUUUCACGUUCAUUUUUGGAUGCAAAAGAAGAGAAGGAGAUAGAUGGAAAGCCAUUCAAGACGAGACCAAGCCACCAUGAUGAACUAGGACCUCAAACUCACGCUACAGCCCCAGGAGCUUUUUCUUCUCCUAUUGUCUCAAAUAUACAACAGAAUCUUCUGCAAAAUUGUGUGCAGGCAAAAGUAACUUCUGAUGAGCUAAAUAGCAUAAUUCAGAACAUAAUGACCUGGGUCGUGGCUACAGUGACUAGUAUAUUAUACCCAGCCAUCACCAGGUACGAAGAGAGGUUGCAGAAUAACACAUACCCAGUGUCUGAUGACUCCAGCCUUUCUUCAGAUAGUUCAAGCUUUUGCAGCACCUGCAGUGAAGAGUUUACAUAUGGGAGCUACACAACUGCGACCACUAAAACAUUUCAGGCAGAGACCUGCACAUUUGCGGUUAAUGUGCCAGCAAAGAAACCAACCCCACCCCCACAUUUAAAACCUCCUUCUGCCCAGGUGGGAAGAACAGUUACAGGUAAAACUUAUCACAGGAAAGGAGAAGUUGUAACCUCCCAACUCAAAUAUAACAAGUCCAGCUUGGUCUUUUCAUACCCUAAACUCCGAAGUUCUAAAUCCGAUAGUCAACUUUUAGCAUCUUUGCAAAGAGGCCCAAAGAAAUCUAAGGAUGCUACCACAGAAACAGAUGGCUUUGUGAGUCCAUUGCUUUGUGAUAAGAAAGCCAAAGCCAUGGAUGAGUUGAAGAAUUUAAAGAAUAUUUUUGUUAACUUUAAGUGUCACUUGAAAGGGGAAACUAAAUUGAUUUUGGAGAGCAUUUUCCAGGAAAUAAUGUCUGACUUAACCCAGGCCAUUCCCUCUAUUUCUUCUGUUACUGCUGAAGUUUUUGUUGACCAAGGCGAGCCUGAGAAGGAAGAUGUGGUCUCCAGUGUCGAUAUCUGCUCACUAGCUUCAGACAUUGUGGAAAAUGUGUUUGACAGGCUAGAGUCUGCAGUUGAGAAAAAAUGCGUUGAGAUUUUCUCACAAGAAGACUUGUCCAUAGACAUUGCAUCAAGUUUAACAGCUAGUGGGGAAUAUUUCACAUCAUCAAAUGGAAAACCUUCAGAAAAUUCACUACCUUCUACUUUGGAACCUAUGUGUAAUAUUGCUGAUGAUAUGGUGCAUGACAUUUUAGAAAAGCUGAUGACUCUUGCGUCACUCAAGCAAAAUGAAUAUCCUCUUGAAGAUGAAACUAAACGUUCCUACCAGCCACAAAGGACAGUCCCAACAUAUACCAUCCUUCAAAGAGCUAGCAAAAAGAAAUCUACUCCUGAAGAUGAGACAGCUAAUUUAAUUGCCAAUGAAGAAAUACAAAACUUAAUGUCAACCAUUUUUUCACAGGCCUCUUUACUCGGUUAUAUAGAGGAGGCAGUCAGCACUAUACUAGGUUAUAUACAAACUGAACUUAAUAAUGAGAGACUUAUUGCAUCUGAACAAACCAUAGUAUUCCUUCAGCUUCUCGAUGAGAUCUUCACUCAUCUCCACCACGAGCCAGUAAAGCCAAACGUCCGAAAAAGCAGACGAUCUACCCAGAGAAAUAUGUCUGACACUAAGGAAAAAUAUAGACUCACUGGCACUACAGUGUCUACUGGUGCUCAACGUAAAAGACCAUUCCCACGUGUUAAUGUUCCAGGCAUGGUCUUUUACUCUGAAGAUGAUAAUGAAGAAAUAAACAACAUUGUGAAAAAUGUGAUUGAUUCAUCUCUCAAAGAAGAAAAAGCAAAAUCACCAGAACAAGCAUCUAAUCACUGGUUCACAAAGGCAAACACUUCUUUUGAAUGCAAAAGACAUAUGAAGCCACCGACAAAGCCUGCGUCUCGCAGCCAAGUUGCAUUUCAUGAUUGGGAGUUAAAGACUGAGCUACCACCUCUUAUCAAUGAAGACAUUUUAAGGGAAAAGCACUGCCUGGGUAAAGACAUUUCAAUUUUCAAUCAAGAUCAAAAGCAUCAAAUAAAAAAGGCUUCGGAGCACACAGUUAAACGGAUUUUAACAGAAAUGCUCAAGGGUAUGGCUUCUGUUUCUCCUGGUCAUCGAGCUAGCAGAAUUGGCAAAGAAACUUCCACUCUUCUUUCAGAAACAUCCCAAAGACCCUCACAUCAAGAAUGGAUGGACCAGAUGUUCUCUGUGUCAGAAAUAAGUGCAGUCGCUCAAGAAAUAACAGAUUCUGUGUUAAAUAUACUUUUUAAGGCGUCAAACUCCUUGUCCAGUCCCACUAAAAGUUCUGCUUCAUCCUCAGUUCAUCAAACUUUUCUAGAUAAUUCUGACAUUCCUCAUACAGCCAAGGAAGCACCAAAUAAAAAGCCAUUCAAAAUAUGGUUUGACAGCGACAGAAAAAUGAAAUAUUUAUCUUCACUCGAUGUAGAUUCUAUAAAGCCUUCCUGGUUAAAAUCUGGAGAAAGUGAACCUAAAUGUGUAGAUAACAUUAUUGAUAAGAUCACAAAUACAGUUUUUAAAAAGCUCAAGCUAUUUGUUUAUCCAAAAUUGCAAACAGAAUUCAAAACUUCCUCUGCCAAGCAGUCUUCAUUAAAAUCACAACUUAGUACUUGCACAACUAAAGUAGUAAACACUAUUUUAGAUGCUAUCCAGAAUGAACUGGAAUGCAAUAAGAAAAAUACAAAUCUUAGGGACCUAGAUGAUAAUAAAUCCUGCACAAGUAAAGGGUUUUUGGCUGGUACUGAUAAGAAAUUAGAAUCUCUCAUAGCAAAUCUCAAUGAUGACGACAUGGAAAGUCCAUUGUUAACUUGGAUUUGUGAGAUGUUGUUAAGUGGAAGUGAAGAUCAAAGAAAUAUUUCGCUUCCUUCGGAUAAGCCAAGGGCUACAACUUCACACAGACAAGAUAAAACUGAAAGACGAAGUGUUUUGCCAAGUAGACAGGAUAAAGAAUCUUUUCGCCAGUAUUUGGCUACUCCUUGUAUGAUCCACAGUGCCGUGAACAAAAAAGCCCUCAAAGAAAAUGCCAGUUUGCAGGUAUUAGAUAGGAUUGGGGGCACGGUACAUGAAAUGUUAAACUCACUGAUAGGAAAUCCUCCUGAUUCUCAGGCAUCUUUUAGUGGGCAAAGCAGAGAAAAUACAAACAAAGAUCAACAAAUGGCUGCUGUACAGAAGUCUAAUAUUCAGGUCAUUUCCAAAACAAUUUUAGACUAUAUCCUUGAAAAGUUAUGUACUAUUGACGUGGAUGCCAGUUUUGCAAGUCCUGAACUUAAAGCUGUUUCAGAAGCUCCUGAUAUUGACAACCUAUCAUUUGCUUCAAUUAUUGAGGAAAUGGCCAAAUGCACCAACAAAAUAUCCAGCAUAAUUUCCAGAAAGAUACAGAAGGAUAACAAAGAGGUUACUAAGGGCAAGGCAAAGAGUGUUUCUUCUGUGUCUUCCACAUCAGAGAGCUCAAAAGAAACUCACCAAAAUGCACUGACAGCUGUUGCCUCAGACAUUCUUAAUAUGGUCUUUACUAAACUGGAAGGGUUUGCCAAUGGAAAUUUGGAAACUCAAGGUGUUAUUAGUAAUUGCAGUACAAAAGACAAUAGGGUGGACAGAAGCAGUGCUUUCUCAGGCACGCACGAGGAACCACUAGAGUCUGUUUUAUACAUGGAGGCAAAGAAGGUGUCAAGUGCUAUUUUGAAAGCCAUUCAGACAGAAUUAAAUGUGAAUUCAGAUGAUUUGAAGAAAAGUGUAAAAAAACCAUCACCUGAGACACAAAUGUUCAUGGACAUAGUCAAUUUAAUUUUAGAUGUAGUAUCCUCAGAUGUGUGUGAUGAAACUGAAUCAAAAGACAGAGGCAUCAAAACCUACCGAUACCAGCCCACUUAUGGAAAUUUUCUUCCUGGAGGAGCUGAAUCAGAUUCCUUCCUAGAAGAUGACACACAAGCAGAGAAAAAAAAUACUAGAGAGAGGACAUCAUUGAGACAGGAAGCUAAAUUCUCUUCUCCUAAUCAGAGGGGUCUAGAAACAAGCUUACAUGAAAUUGAAAUGAAACUCAAAGAACCACACAAGUCACCAAUCCUUCCCAUUAUAAAAAAUAUUUUGAAUGAAAUUUUUCAAAGUAAUUUUAUCAGUCAGUUAAAUGUGCUUUUUCCCUCCCACCCUCAUUUUAAUGGUAUGCCUCACAAUGUUCGUGAGGCAACUGCUCAAAGAUCUGCUCAAUUUAUGGAUAAAAUGGUGGGUACUUUAGUAUCUGAGUCAGAUGAGAUCAUAGUGGCAAGUGAUAUUGUCAGAAUUGUAUUUCAUAAACUUUACACAGCUGCCAUGACAGAAGAAAAUGUAAGUGAAAAUAGAUGUAGAAACAUCACAUUUUCAGCAAAUGUUCCUUUUCAUGAACAUACUUAUGGGGGAAACUCUAUUACUUCAUUGGACAGAAAUCUUUGCACGCUUCAGCCUAGAUUCAGGGGUGACAAACAGACCAAAGUAAACAUGACUGAAGAUAUUAUACAGGCAAUCUUUCAAAAAUUGGAAAAUUUUACUACUUCCAAAAUAAAAUCUCUCUUUUGUUCCCAAGUCAGCUUCCCAGUCCCAGAAGCUCCACGUGCUCAGCAAGAUACGUGUACAUUAAGCAAAGCAUUAUCAACUGAAGAUUCAUAUUCUCAUGAGCAGUAUUCCUCUCCCUCCAUGGAUCCUAAGACCAAUUCAUUUUGCCAAAUCUCUUUGUCUAAAUUAAAUAUUUAUGCAAAAGAAGUGGCUAGAAAAAUUUUACAGGGGAUCAAGUAUGAGUUAGAUAAAGAAAGGGAAAGUCCUUUGUUGACUCAUAACAUUGUGGUUUCUGAAAGCAUUAUAAGUCAAAUUGUGAACACAAUGCUAGACAUUAUAUCAUGCAAAAAUAACAACUGUGAGAAAGAGAAUGACUCUGCUCCGCAGGAGUACAUUAUUGAAAAGUUGUUCAAUAAAAGUGAGUAUCAAAAAAUACUUCAGUUUCAAGUAGAGAAUACCGUUAAAGAUAUCUUGUGUGAUAUUUAUGAAAAAACCCUGUAUAAGAAUAAUUUGUCAUUUGCCACACCCACUCUGAAAUACCACAUAGCUGGUAAACGAUCAGAACCAAAUUCUGAAAUGUUCACUAAGGGUGCAAAUAAGAUUUUCCCUGAACUUUCAGUUCCUAGAUCAGAUGUCCUUUUGCUAUCCAAGGAGGCAGUGGAUAUUGUUCUUUACAGUCUUGCUUCUGCGGCCGUGCUUCGCACAUUUGCAAAGGAUCCUGCUUUUGCAAAAUCAACCUUUUGUGAUACGUUUCCAGAAGUGGAGUACCAAGCAUCUCUUCUUAUGGAGUCAAAACGCAGAGGAAAAUCAGAGUGUUUUCCACGUUCAAGUGCUAAGAAACCAACGUAUGCUGAUGGUACUCAGACGGCUGUUAUGGAGAAGGAAGACACCAAGCAAUCCGUUCCUGACCCAUGUGAGGAAAGCGCUAACUUCAUCACAAAAACUAUUUUCAAUCGGUUACAGACUUUUGCCACAGAGAGAAUGGAUUCACUAAUUACUCUUGCUUUUCAGCCUAAAGGAACAUCAUUUGUUGGUCCAGAAUUAGAAAAUUCUAGACAAGAUGACAGUGUUUUUCAUGAAUUAAGCCAAGUAGAACUUGAUGUGGAUGUCUUGGAAAGAUCAACAACUAAAACCAUUCUCAGCCAAGAGCUCACAGAACCCACUUUUGCCUCUUACAGAGAAAAAAUUGGAGCCACUAUUCAUUUACCACAAGCUAGCCUGAAGGAAUAUGCUGAUAUCAUUGCCAGCGCUAUUUUGAAGCUUAUUAAAAAUGACUUGGACUUAGAAAUCCAAAAGAUAGAGCCAUAUCCAAGCAAUAGUUUAUUCCAAAAAAAUAUGAUUGUGAGUGAAAUUAUAGACAGUGUCUUAAAGAUUAUACAUAAUAAAAUAUCUGCCGAGGAAAUUAGUACUUCCUCAGAAAAGACUAACUUUUCACAAUUAACUCUAUCAAAUGAAAUACUGCUGGGACACAAAGACAAGGAAAAAAACACUUCAUUAUCCCCGCUUGCAAACUAUCCAUUAGAACAAAACCAAACAGCAUUUGAAAAGGAAAGCCAGAGAACUGUUUUGGAAGAAAUAUUUAUGAGAAGUGGAAAGUCAGAACAAAAAGAAAAAACUGAAUUGCUCAGAAAAGUGGCCGAACUUUUGAAUAAGUUAGAUCAAAAAGUAAUGGAAGUCAUAGGCCAUUUGCUCCCCUUGAGUGAAGUCCUCCACUCUAAUUCUAAAAUUAAAACUUCAGAUACAGAGGGAAAAGACCGCCAGUCACACAUUAGCAGUGCAGCAAGUGAUAUCACGGAAUGUGUUUGUGGUAAAAUGUACUCUGUUAUUGUAACAUUGUUAUACAAAAAUGGUGAAAGUAGAGGAGAAGGAGAAACACCCUUCAAGAAUGAUACCUUACUCACAAAGUCACUAUGCUUUAGGGGGACUAAACAAGCAGGAAAGAGAAGUAAUUCCCCUAGAUGUGGGAUACCCGAGGUCUGUUCCACUGCAGACAGUCACACUGCUUCUGUGUUAGGAAACACAUUUUUGCAAUCUUCACCAUUACAAAUAGGAAAAGAUUUAAUGCAAAUAGUCCUCAAUAAGAUCACAAAUUUUGUCUCACUACAUCUAGAAGAGAAUUUGUCCACUGCAGGACAUUCCGAGGAGUUACAACUUUGUAGACUACAGAUCUCUAAAGCUAGCCUUAAGGACAGCCUGAAACCAGGUUUUAAAACAGGUUUAAAAGCAAGAUCUUUGCAUAAAUUUAGAGCAAAACCACAUGCAGGACCUAUUGGUGCUAAGGCAAAAAGCAAGACCAAGUUAAGUGCUGGAGAGAAGCCUCCAAGAGAUGGUCAGUCAAAAACUGCCAUUCAGUUGCCAAACAUCUUUGCAACAGGAGAUGCCAAAAACUUCCUGGAAAUGAAACUUCCCCCUUCAGAACUAAACGUGUAUGCCAGGGAUAUCAUAAGUAAUAUUCUAAAAGCAAUAAUGAAAGAAUUGGAAAGGGUGACACAAACUAGAGCAAUGGUACACAUAAAAGCUUUACCAUCUGAUCAAAUUUUGGAAGCCAGCAAAAUAGUUAAUACAGUUUUGCAAGAAUUAUAUGCUACAGACAACCACAAUUUGGCUUCUCCAAUCAAAUCCUCAUGUCUGUAUGAUUUCAGAUUUUCACAGCGGUGUUUAAAUUCUCCUGCUAGAGAACAAGCAUGCUUUUACUUAGAGGAUGUUUCCUCACAACUAGAACAGAUUUUUCCUAAAGAAGGUAUAUUUAAAAAAAUGUUUGACAAAUGGCAAGCAGAUUCAAACGAUGUGGAGAAUGAAAAAUAUACUCUGUUAACAAUAGCUGAGAAUGCUUUGACCGAAAUUUCGAUAAAAGCCAAAGACUUAGAAUAUUCUCUUUCACUUUUAAACUUGCCACUUCUUGAGCAUCGUAAAGGCAGUUUCGCUAAUCAGUUUAAAGAAGAUUGUUCUAGAGCAGAGGACAUCAAAGCGCAGAUUAAUAUGUUUGGAAGAGAAAUUGUUGAAAUGCUGUUUGAAAAAUUGCAGCUAUGCUUUUUGUCCCAGAUGCCCACUCCAGGUCACAAAGAAACUCUAACAAAUAGGAAAGAACAUAGUAUGGAUAAAAGUAAACAUGGCUUCCCAAGCAAGCACAUGAUAAGCAGUUUACCACUGUGUGACCUAAAGACAAAAGAUCAAAUUUCCCCCACCUCUUACAAGCAAGUUACUCAAGAAAUUGUAGGAAGGGUUUUAAAUCUGUUGGAGUCAUUUGUGGACUUACAGUUUAAGCAUAUCUCUAAAUAUGAAUUUUCUGAAAUAGUGAAAAUGCCUAUUGAUAACCUUUUCCAAGUCCAACAGAGACUAUUAAGCAAGAGGAUGUCACCCAAAUUACAACCACUGAAGAACUUCUCUGAUGAAUCCAAGCCAAGCACUGCUAUUUCCAAAGAAAACAUACAGAAUACUCUCCUGCAGGUUCAUUCAUUUCAUUCGGAGCUACUUACAUAUGCUGUUCAUAUUGUCUGUGACAUGCUUGCUAUGAUCAAGAGCAAACUGGACAAAGAAAUAAAACAAAAGGAACCAUGUUCUACUAAUAUACUGAAAGAGAAUAUGGUAGCAAGUGAGAUCAUUGGCACAUUAAUGGACCAAUGUACUCAUUUCAGUGAGUCUUUGAUUAGAAACCUUUCAGUGGAAAGUGCGUUCCAAGGAACUAGAAACACUAACGCUGUUGAGAAGGAUGAAUUUGCAAAUAAUAUGAAAAUGCCCACUCCAAAGUUAGAAGAUGCUAAUUUAGGACCUAAUCUUCCACAAAGAAAUGCACCUGGCUUGGUAUUUUAUUCAUGGGAAGAUACUAGAAGAAAGUACAAGUUUUCAUCCAAUUUACCCUCAUAUGUCACAUCUUCUGUAGAAGACACAGUUAAAAGUUCAGGGUCAUUGGGAACGUUUGAUUCAGAAACUAUGUCAGUAGGUUCUAGAAAUAAAGUUCAAGAACAUCACCAAGUGCAGUCUACCUUGGGCCAUUUUGAUGAAGCCAUGAAAAAAAGCAGCCCCUUCCCUGAAGGCAGUGUCUUACAAAAACUGUUUAAGAAAGCAAAUGACUCCACGGAAGCAUCUUUAAAGCAAGUCAUGUCUUUCAUAGAAAUGGGAAAAGGUGAAAAUCCAAGAGUAUUUCAUUAUGGAACUCUAAAACCAGUUUUUGAGCCUAGCCAAAUUCAGACAACUGUUUCUCCACUCAGAAUAUGUUUAGCUGCAGAAAAUAUUGUCAAUACUGUGCUGUCCAGCUAUGGUUUUCCAGGUCAACUACCCACUAAUAAAAGCAUGGAAACAAUGAAACCAUUUUUUAUAUCAAAGCAAAACUCUUUAUCUGAAAUGUCCACAGGACAAAAGAAUAAGGACAAGAGUUUGCUUAGAAUGUGGACUAAAAGAAUCAGCUGUGGGCCUGAAGAAGGUGAAAUCCCUGAAGCCUGUGGGGGAGAUUUUUCUUUAUUGCAAAAAUGGCAGAACAAGACUCCAAAGAUAAAGAAAACAGAGACUCGCAAAGAAGUUGGAGUCAUUGCAUUUGCCGAUCACGAGCUGGGUCCAAAUGAAAUUCAUUUGAUAGCAAUGCAUGUCACCACAUCUGUGAUCACGUAUUUGAAGAACUUCAAAGCAAGAGAGAAGGUAUCUCUUCUUUCUACACUGUCAAGUAAAAACUGUGAAUCAAGACAGCCUCUAAGAAGCAUGUACAGUAAUUCUUCAGUUAAUCAGUUCUGUAAACAUCUCUCUGAAUCAGUCAUUUGCCAUUUAAUUUCAAACAUUUCUGAUAGUACCAUGGAGGGCAGAGAAAAAGACAAACUAUGGGAAAUCCAAGGUGUGGCAUUUAACAAGAUUAUUUUGAUUCAUUCUCAAGUAUCUGAGAACAGAUCAAUAUCUAUUGGAGAGCUCGCUUUAAGAAUUUCUGAAAUAGUUAUUGAAAUUCUUGCCAGUAGUAAUAUUGUAGAGGCUUACGGUGGACAGCAAAUGGUUUCCACAAAAACAAAAUACACUUACUGUCCAGGAAUAACUUCUGCCAACUUUGAUGAUUUUUUUCAAGAUCUCUUAACAGGAGUGAUUCAAGUGCUUUCUGAAGAAAUAGGAAUAAAUCAUCACUUUAAAAACAAUGGAAGACACAAACCAUGCUCCAUGCUUGGAAGCAAUAAUAUGUCUAUUAGUGGCGAAACCAAUACUGCAGAACUACUACACCCCAGAGGCUGGGAAUCAUCAGCUCAGCAAAUUGAUCAACUUGUUCAGAAAAAUAAGUUAAAUUAUCUGACAUCUCAGUUAGAUCACCUGAUGGGCAGCCUAAAAACUGAGGAAUCCAAAAAUGUAGUCAACAAAGUAUUUGAUAUUGUUUUAGAUUUAUUUUUGCCAGAUGAAUCCCCAGAUGGAGCUGUGGACUCUGGUAAAAUAGCAAGAUGCUUCUCUUCCCCAAACAAUCCACAAAGUAAUAGCAUCCUUAGAAAUAACCAAGUUCUGUCUCCCAAGUCAGUUUUUCUUCUUAAUGUGGUAUGUGAGAAACUUAUUAGGACACUUCUGGAAAAAUGUACAGCCACUGGUUUUCUUGAUAACGGUCUUCUUGCUAGUGAAAUAUCAACAGAAGUACAUCAACUUUUAAAAAUACUUCAAAGGAUAGAAAAUGGAGAUCUCAAUUAUUGUAAGAAAUCAGGGAGUUGCAAAGAACUUCAGAGAGAUUGUGUGUCACAUUCCUUGGAAAAUCUGGCAGAAAUGGAUCAAGAUUUAUUGUCAUCAGAUAGUAUGCUUACUAUUAUUUCUCACAGCUUGGUGAAAUCUUUGAUGGAUAAACUAUCGCAUAGUUUACAAGAAGCUCCUGAAUGUCCCUGGUUUGAAAACAAAUAUUUGAACAAUAUAAGAAGAGAAAUACAGUCUAAUUACACAAAGCCAGAAGAGCCAGAACUCAUGGAGUUAGGACAAGGUAAAGGCUCUUUAGGAUUUAUGACUUAUGAUAGUACCUCUUUGACAGGAUCCCUAAAUAAUCCAUCUGUGGCUAGCUCACAAAUGCAAGUAUCAUUUGGCAAGCAAUGUACAGUAAAAUCCUCUUCAUGCUCACCUCUUAAUAGACAGAAAACAAAGGAAAUGGAUGCAGUAGUCAUUCGUAACAUAUAUCAAAGAGAUAUGAAUACAGGUGUUUAUUCAGCCACAUUUUUGGAGGAAAUAAUUUCAGAGUUGUUUUUUCAUUUCUCUACAUCCUUGUGGGAAAAAAACACAAGCAUCACUGAGGCCCAGCUCAAUGAGAUGAAUACAUUGUUUGUCAACCAUGUAGUAAAUGAGUUUAAUAACGCUCAGGUCAUGGUUCUGAGGAAUGCUGAAGAGAGGCUGUAUUUUCCACCAAUCCAUAAAGAAAUGGUCAGAAAGAUCGUUGACUCAGUUUAUUAUGAUGUUUUACACCAAUAUGAAUUGAAAAUGACCUGCGGUAAUAACCUGGCAUGUGCAAAUGGUUCAAUGGCUCAGCAAAUCACAAAUGGUAUAUUGUUAGAGAUUUUAGAUUACCAGCUCCCAUCUUCCCUCAAGAGAAACCUCAGAACUCAUUCAUGCUACCCUCUUGAAGCUGAAGUUAUACUGCAGAAGCUGCAAAGCAACCUAAGAAACCUCACUUUCCAAGCCAGGUCUUCAAAAAGCUAUCGCACCAUGUUACCACACUCAUUUUUAGAAGAUGUUAUCAGAAGACUUUUACUUCAGCUCAUUCCACCAUCUGUUAAACCUUCCUCUUUGGAAAAAACAUUUGCAAUGAGUUCAGAUUUUAAUGAACUGUCCACCUGUAUUACAAAUAAGGUUAUGUCAGCCAUUUCAAAACAUAGAAUCUGGCUUACUAGCUAUGAAAAUCAACACCUCUCUUCAGAAAAAAAUCUCGAAAAGAUGGUGGACUCUGUUUAUGGCAGUAUUUUACAAAUGUCUGACUCUCUUGUUUCAAUACAGAGAGGUAUACUUAGCCGAAACCCCAUUAUGAUUGAUCGUAUAGCAAGUUUUAUUAUCCAAGAGAUUAUUGAAUGCCAUCUUCAACCAUUUUUAUGUGGAGAGGUUUUAUCUCAUCCAGAGACUUCCCUGGAUGCAGUAUCUAAUAUGGUUAAACAGGUUCUUGAUGAAACCCUAGAAUCACACAGAUCUAAGAAGUCUGUAAGUAUUUCCCCUGAUAUAUUCAUAGGAGAGAUGGUUGCCAAACUUUUGUCAAGAAUUUUUAGCCCUAGGCCUAAUGCUGAAUUUGAGCUGGAAAGCAUGACACAAAAGAUAGUAAACUCUGUGAACCAGUAUUUUGACAAAGGUGAAAUUCACAAUUUAUGCAACAAGAAGUCUUUGCCCUCAAUAGAUGUGGAUAUGGUAGAUGGACUUGUUACUUCAGUUUAUAGGAAUGUGUUAAACCAGUACGGACUAGACCCUAACAUUAACAAAGAGGCUGACAAUGGUGAUCUCUUUGUGGAAAAUAUUACUAAUUUAAUUGUGGAAGCUAUUUCAAACUAUCUUCUUCAUCCGUUGUUUUCUGGUGAUCUGUCACCUUCAUCUUAUUCCACGUUGAUGGCUGAGAAUAUUGUUGAAGACGUCCUUGAUAACUUAAGUCAAUCUGCCAGGUCAAACCAGCGUUUACCUCCAUAUGACACCUUACUGCCAUACACAUUCUUAGACGAUAUGAUCAGAGUACUAUUAGCAAGGUUCUUUCCCGCAGCGUCCGGUGUGGUUCCAUACAGAGAAAUGCCAAAAGAGAAAUCAAAAAUGAAUUUUAAUGAAAUUGCUUCCAACCUAAUCACUGAUAUUAGGGUGAAAAUUUCCCAACAUGAAAUUCAGUUUUCAAAAGAUGAAGAAAAAAACAAGUUUGUUUAUUCAGAAGAUGAUGUCCAGCAUCUUGUGGACUCAGUAUUCAAAAAUAUUUUACACAAUUCCGAAUCUCAAGAAUCAGUGGAGCAAAAUAUUGCAAGCACCAACGAUGUUCUUAUCGAUAGAAUCGCAGGUUUCAUCAUUAAACAUGUCUGUGAACAACAUCUUCAGCCAUUUUUGGUUGUAAAUUCAUCUUCCCCAUCCUACACACCUUUUCAUAAGAGACAGCAGUCAUUCUAUGCCAGUGCUUAUUCCUCAACCUUUUUGGAGGAUGUGGUAUCUGGGGUUUUAAGAAAAAUAUUUCACAGGGUAGUUGGUAUUGUACAAGUGACAGACAUGAGAGAUUCAGAAGAUGAACUUUUUGAUAAAGCUGAAGAACUCAUACAUUUUAUAACAGAGGAAUUCUCAAAAGCCCAAGUUACCGUUAUAGAAAAUGCUGAGAAACAACUGCGUUUGCCUCCAGUGGAGAAAGACAUAGUAAAAAGUAUUACUGAUACAGUUUAUAGUAGAGUUUUAGAAGAAUAUGAAAUGGAAAUCUGGCCUCGUAAAGACUUUCUAAGUGACACAAGGACAUUGGCUGCUCGGAUAACUACAAUCAUCCUGACUGAAAUUUUAGAUUUCCAAAUUCGUCCAAAUCUUGUAGCAAAUCUGUCUUUUAAAUCCCAUUCCAAACUCAGUGAAAACGUUUUGAUACGUAGAGUUCACUGUGAUAUUAGUAAGUCAAGGUUCCGAAGACAGGCUUCAACCAUAUACACUACUCUAUUGUCACAAAAUCAUUUGGAAAGAAUAGUCACUCAGCUUGUAUCUCAGAUUGAUAUAUUGACAUCCACUACAGAACAUCCAGGUACUUCUCAAUCAGACUUAAGUGAUACAGUUAUGAAACUGAUAAAUGAGAUCAUGACAAUAAUUUCAAAGAAUGCAAUUUGUAUCACUAAACAGGGAAAUGAAAAACAAAAUAUGAUUCCAGAAAAAGAUAUACAGUCCAUGAUUGAUUCCAUCUAUUCUGAUCUUUCCCAUUCAAAUGUAUACCAAUCUCUCACAAAAGAUAAGAAAGGCCUAAGUAACAUACCUGUUUCAAAAAUAGCAAGUUUCAUCAUAAAAGAAAUUUUUAACCAUCAUCUACAGUCAUUUUUAUCUGGAGAUAACUGCUCUCUUCCAGCUCCAGUUGACCAUGUUUACAAAGAAAACGCAAUGGCUCCUAAGCGUAAAAGAUGGUCUUGCAUUGUGAACUCCACUGUCUUCCUGGAGGAAGUCAUUUCUGAGCUUUUAUGCAAACUUCUUUAUGCAUUCUCACACAAUGUCUUGGCUUUUGAAAACCCAGACACAGCAAAAGCCCAAACGGCUGAUAUUGUUACAGCGUUAGUAAAAUCAAUUGUUCUCGAAUUUACUGCAUCAGAGAUUUUAGUUGCAGAUAACUUAGAUAAAGAUAUGUGCUUUUCCGAGGAGUACAAAGAAAUGAUUCGAGCAACUGUCAAUUUGAUUUAUGAAAAAUUAUUAGAUGAAUAUAAAUCUUUAAUUCAAGUGUAUAGGGCUAUGCAGAGUGACACUACCUAUUUUGGAAGAAAAAUAUACCAUUUGCUGUUGGAAGAAAUUUAUGAUUAUCAGGUGCAGUCAUUAAUUUCAGGAGAAUUAGUAUCCUCUUCCUGUUCUUCCCUUCAAGCUGAUAACAUCGUCAGAAACGUACUCGGUGUCAUUUUGAGUGAUAACAGUGCUCUGCCGUCAUGUGUUACUGUGUUUCCUCGUGCUCUAUUAGAAGAUAUGAUUUACAAGCUCCUGGCGCCUAUGUUUCCUCCAACUGACACUGAAAACAAACUAACAGAAGAAGAGCUUACUCCGGAUGAUGAUUUUGCAGCUGCAGCUUCCACAAUGACCGAUGAAAUUAUAAAAGAAAUUUUUGAACAUGAGAUCCGACUUGCCACUGCAGUGGACAAUGCAGAAAGUACGCAGUUAGAAGUCCUGGAGAAUUUGGUGGACUCCAUAUGUAAUAAUAUUUUGAGAAAACCAGAAUUCCAAGCUGAAGUCCAGAAAGAUGCAGGCAAAAAAGGAGGAUCAUUUCUCAGUAAAAUAGCUGGCUUCAUUAUGAAAGAAAUUAUGGAUCAUCAUUUACGACCAUUUUUACAUGGUGAAGAAUCACCUUCCAGUCACAAACCUGGUUGUGACCAUGCCUCUGUAGUUACUAAAUCUGGUAAAGGGACAACACAAGCUUCUCUGUUCUCAGCUACAUUUUUGGAAGAUUUAGUAGUUGACCUUGUUCGCAAAUUCUUUUCAUUCCCAGCGAUAAAAGAUUCCAAGAAAAGAGCAACACAAGAACCAGAUAUUGUGGGCUUAGCUAUCAAAUUUGUAAAUGCUCUCCUGGGAGAAUUUAGAAAAAAGGAAAUCAAAGUUUUACCACAGGCUGAAGAAAAAUUUUCUUUUCCACCAAUUGAUAAAGAAAUAGUGGCUGACAUAUCCAGUUUUGUGUAUGAUCAGUUCAUAGGGAAAUUUGGAUCCAAUGAUAUUCAGAAGGAUGGUAAAAGUAACUUUGUUGUAGAAAUGAUUGCUGCUUUAGCCCAGAAGGCAAUCUCUGCAUUCAAGAUUCAACCACUAUUUUCAGGAGACUGGUCUUCCACCUUCUUUUCAUUUUUAAAUCCAGAUACCAUCACCCAAAGGGUUCAACACUUACCACAGAACACCUCUAUGCAGAUAACUAGAUACUCAGAAGAGAACCAGCUUACUCUACAAGAACAGUCACAUAAACAAACUGCCCUAACCUCAGAUCAAAAAAAGAUGAUAGUCAGUUUGGAUCAAAAUAGAGGUGCAAUGAGUAGAAAGAAUUCCCACACUAAAGACCUAUCAGGGAAGAAAGAAGACAUCCAAAAUCCAGUGCUUACCUCUGGCACUACCAUGGUACAAAGCAAUGUGAUCACCCUCAGGUCAGGGCCAUCUGCAGGUAGGGCACAUCAAAAAAAAGAGGAUAAAAAUAAACCCGGAAGUUUGACUCCAAAAAGUAAUAAGCGUGCAUCAGGAGUUACUUCUCCAGCUACCCAUAAAAAUAGGAAGGAGCAAGAUUUGAGCAAAGCGGUUCAAAAUCAUGCUCUGGAAAAGACCAAGAGAUCGAUCCCAAAAAAUGCGGAGUCACAGGGUAGUAAAACACAAACACCUUUUAAAGUUGUUUCCAGUAGAGAAUACAAGGAUGUGCCAGAAUUUCAAACAGACAGUGAAAAGAACAGGGACAAAGCCAAGGAAAGUUCCAUAAAAGGAAAUAGUCAGGAUGUCCAGUUAUCUUCUUGGAAGCCCACGGUGAAACAUACUGAGACUACAAAAGAGGAAACUUUGAAAACAACCCAAAAGCCAAGAAAUGAAGCAAUAACAGACUCUCUUACUGACAUGGAUACGGACGAUCAAAUCUCAGAUUACGAAACUGUUCAAAACAUCAUUGAAAACAUUUAUGGGAAUGUUUUAGUAAGGACUUCUCUUCAAGAACCAUCAGAGUUCCCAAAAUACAGACAUAAAAGCUUCCCUGGUUACCAAGCGCUGAAUGUAAUUCAGGAGCCAGGCACGGGAUCUACCCAGUCUGUUAAAGCAAAGAGUUUACCUCCCUCAGUGAACAAAGAACACUACGCCAAAAAGACAGGGGAAAAAAUGAAAGAGAGACAAAGAGAGGAAGAAAAUAAAAGCAAGCAACAAAAAGAAAAUGAGAAAACUACAGAAGACAGAACAGGAGGAAAGGAGGUUAGAAGUAAAGCUACUGAAACAGAUCAUCCUCAGUACCUACCAGAAAGCAAGCCAGGAGUUUUCCCUGCUAAUUUUUUAGAAGAUGUUCUCACUGAAGUAGUUAACAAACUGCUGUUUUCUUCCUCACCAGAAGCAGAAACAAGUGAAACAUAUCCAAAUGUAAAUGACAGUCAGAAUCAAACUGAACUCUAUGAUACAGCUAUGAAACUUUUCCAUUCACUGAUAAAGGAGUUUUCAGAUGCUCAAAUUGAGGUAUUUAGGCCUGAUGAGGAAAACACAUCUUUCCCACACGCAAGUAAAGUGUCUUCAGUUCCUACAGCACCUUCCAGGAAUAAAGAAUCAACUACAGAUGAAGCGUUGUCAGGAAUGAAGGUAAAAAACAUGGAUAAAAGGCCAGACCUGCAUAAAGUGACUGCAAAACUCUCUUCACCUGAGAUACCUCUCCUAGAAGAAAUACCAUCAAUUGAUAAAACACUGGCCAAUAAAGUUGCUCACUCUUCUAUUUGCAAUAUUUUGAAAGAAUAUAAAAGUCAAGAAUCUCUUUGUCAGCACAUUAACAGUAAUGGUGAAAAUUUAGUAAAACGAUUAGCUAGUGCAGUGAUAAAUGAACUUUUUCAACAUCAACUUAACUUGGUAUUUUGUGAUGAGGCUCCAGGUUCAGCCUGUUUGCCUCUGGAUUCUAAAGAUCUUGUUAAGAAGGUCCAAAAGGCAACACAAACAGCCAGCAAAGAAUGUCAGACAACAUCACCAUACACUGUCAUGUUGCCUCAUCAAUUUUUAGAGGAUGUGAUUUCUACCCUUUUAUCAAAAAUUUUCUCAAAAAUAUCCGACACCAUCACCAAAGCAGAAAUACCUGAAAACAAAUAUUCCACAGAAUUUGAUUUCCUUCAGAUGGAAUUAGUAAGUAAAAUUGCAGCAGAGAUUUCCAAAGAUGAAAAUAUGAUUGUACAGUAUGUGGAAUCUUUGCACCCCAAUGAUGAUGAAAUUAUUGAAUUGGUGGUUCAGUCUAUUUAUAAUAAUCUUUUGCCACAAUUUGGAUCACAAGAAGUCAUACAAAAUUGUGUAUCGAAUGGAUGCAGGCUUCUUUCAGAAACCAUAGUUGACCUAGUUCUAAAAGAGGUAGCUGGUAAUCAGCUGCAAAACUACUUCUGUGGAGAGUUAACACCACAUCAAUGUGCAGAAGUUGACAACGUAGUUGAAAGUAUCCUUUUCAACAUCAUCCAGACUACUACACCUCCGCCACCUCAUGCUCAUAAAGUGUCUUACAACAUAAUAGAAGAAAUUGCUGUAAAAUUUCUGUCAAAGCUCUUAUCUGUGUUUCCAAAAGUGCAUAAGAAAAAAAGUAAAUCUCGAGAAACUGAAAUGCAAAAAAUAACCUCAAAAAUACUAAAUUCAUUCCAAGAAUUUUUUUCCAGGAGUAAGAUCAGACUUACAAGAUCUGCCAAGGAAUCACCUACUGUAUCUUUAGAUGACAGCGAAACUAUUGAAAAGAUAGUUGAUUCUGUUUAUACCAGUGUUUUAAAACACUCUGGUUCCUAUACUUCUGUAUUUAAAGAUUUAAUGGGUCAAAGCAAUGUCCUUUCUGACAUAAUAGGUUUUUUAAUGGUGAACGAAAUUUCCAAUUGUGAAUUUCAACCUCAAGUAGAAGAAGAAAUACCAACUUCAGAACUAAUUCUGGAAGCUGUCAAAAUUAUGGAAAAGGUGCUCAAAAUUGUUGAUAAAUUGAAGUCUCAGGAAAACUUUUUAUCCGAAAAAUGUUUUAUGUUAGACGCCAAUGUUUUAGAGGAAGCGUUGGCUUUGUUCUUGGCUAAACUACUAAGAUCACCUCGUAUCUCAAGCCAAGAGGCACACAACUUAUCAAAACCUGACUUAAAUAAAAUUGCAUCACAACUGACAAAAUCUGUAACAGCUGAAGUUUCGAGAAGUAAUAUUAGUCUAGUGGCUUCUGAACCAGAAGAAUGCUCUUCAAAUCUGGAAGAAAUGCACAUGAUUUCUCAGGUUAUUGAUUCUGUCUAUGGUGACAUGCUACAACAAGCUGGAAGCCAUGAAGAACUUUAUGACCUAAAAGAUGCAAACACAGUCUUCUCUAAGGUGGCCAGUUUAAUUAUCGAUGGAGUAUCAAGAGUUCCAUUAGAUAGGGGUACCUCAAAGAGUUCAUAUGCCGGUGUCUUUGAAGAUCUGGACAUUGAUAGAAUCAUCGAAAAGACAGAAAAGCAUGCUGAGAAAAUGAUGGCUAACCAAAAUGAGUCAGAUGAAGGGAGAUCUGCAGAAGAACGCUCAGUUGUAAUAAUUCCACAUGUCGGGAAGAAAGCAAUCAAAGUAGAUCCACAUAUUAUUUCUCAGCACUUAGCAGUCAUCUCUGUAAAGACUGAGCCACUUGAGAAAAUGAAGACAGAAUGUUUAAGAAGAACUGGACAGAGCAUAGAGGAACUGAGACAAGCGUCUGUAAAUGGGAGAAGUUACGCUGCCAUGAAACCAACUGAUUUAGAAGAGAGAAGGAAAGAAAGACGUACCUCUUUGAAUAGUACAGGUCGACUGGAUGUAAAGCCCUUUGAGGCUGUUUGCAGAAAUUCAUUUCAAAAUGUAAGAAAGCCAGAUAUCUCCAAGGUAGAACUUUUAAAAGACGUCCGAAACAGAAAAGACCUCAUCAUUCGGUUAGUGGCUCAUGAUAUUAAUCAGGAAGAUACAGACUAUUUUACAGAAGAUGAUAUAGCAUCUGAUCAAAAUGAAGUUGUUUUAGGAGAGUAUUUUGGACAAAAGUCCAUAGGAGAACUGUCUGAAGAUGAAGUGAAGGAAGUUAUGAAGCUAAUACAAGGCAGAGUUGCUCCUUCCAAGCCAACCACCACCACGGAUAGCAUGGAAAACUAUUUAUCACCAUCUAGACAUUCUCAGCCCACAUCCGCCUCGACUACCAAACGCAUGGAAGCAGCCUCAAACCAAAUAGAAUCUAACAAGACACAAGGUAAUAGAGCUGCUGGUGAGCUCCACAUGGCCACUUCCAAAAGCUUGAGUGAAACACACCCAUCCACAAAGAAAAAGUCGCACCACAAGAGAGAUGGAAGGAGUCCUGUUACUGAGCCAGCACACCACUUCAUACACAGAAUUAUGAGUACGUCUUCCUACAACCAGGAAGAUCUCCUGUCAUCUUCCAGUGAAGAAGAUUCUGACACUAUUGCAGACACUAAGCUAUUGAAAGCAUGUUCCUUGGAGCAAAAACCAGAUAAUUCAACAGGAAUCCAGUUCAUCUCCAUCUUUGAAGAAUCCAGAAAUACUAAUGACAAGGCACUUCCUUCAAAGGAAACCAUUGCAGAGGCUCCCAAACCGAGCAUUUCCAAACAAGGAUCUAAAAUGCUGGCAAGAGUAUCUUCGACUCUAUCAAAGGUGUUUUCCCGAUCUCACACCAAUGUUCCCAAAUCUUCCUCACCACCUCACCAGAAUGAACACUGAUGAUCCUCUACCUGACAUAUAAAUAUGCUUCCUUACCCUAGAAAAAUAAAAUAAUUUUUGAAGCAUAACCAUGUAUCUGA